AGGGCGUUGGGAUUGGUUCUCUGCUGCCCGGAGUCGCUCGGAGCCAAAAUGGCGAUGGCGGGAUCCGCGGGCGUCGUGGUGAGGGGGCUGCUCCAGAAGAAUCUGUCAGUCCGCACGGCUUCCUGCUGCAGCUUCAGGACCUGUUCAGCCCAGCAACAGGAGAAACGUAACGCUGUGGACACGUAUGAGACCUUGAAGCUGGAGCGGGUGCGAGAGAAAGUCUUGCAUGUGGAGCUGAACCGGCCAGAGAAAAGGAAUGCCAUGAGUGCUGCUUUUUGGAGGGAGAUGGUGGAGUGCUUCAACAAGAUCUCUCAGGACCCAGAAUGUCAUGCCGUGGUGAUAUCCGGUGCUGGGAAAUUAUUUACCUCAGGUAUAGACCUGAUGGAAAUGGGGAGCACUUUCGUGAUGAUGGAAGGAGGAGAAACUGCACGGAAGGCUUGGAACCUUCGCAAGAAGAUCCGGGAGUAUCAAGAGACCUUCACGGUGCUGGAGAAAUGCACGAAGCCCAUCAUCGCCGCCAUCCAUGGGGCUUGCCUUGGAGGAGGUGUGAAUCUUAUAACUGCCUGUGACAUCCGUUACUGUACUCAAGAUGCUUGGUUCCAGGUUAAGGAAGUGGACAUUGGGUUGGCACCCGACGUCGGCGUUUUACAGCGGCUGCCACGCGUCAUCGGAAAUCGGAGCCUGGUGAGCGAGCUGGUCUUCAGCGCCCGGAAAAUGAUGGCCCCAGAGGCUGAGAGCUGUGGCCUUGUCAGCCGUGUGUUCCAAGACAAAGAGGCCAUGAUGCAGAGCGCUUUUGACUUGGCCACCGAGAUUGCUAGCAAGAGCCCGUUGGCCGUGCAGGGCACCAAAGUCAACCUCAUUUAUUCUAGGGACCAUUCUGUGCCCGAGGGUCUGAACUAUAUGGCUACCUGGAAUAUGAGCAUGCUGCAGACGGAAGACAUCAUCAAAUCGGCGCAAGCCGCCAUGGAGAAAAAGACUCCCAAGGAGGUUGUGUACGCCAAGCUGUAGCUGCGCCAUCAGCUGCUGCGGGAGGCAGAUGAUGCCUGCCCACAGAGAGUUGUCCGGACGGCCCCGUGUGGCGCGGAGGGGGGGCUGAAGCUGGACCCCAGGCCUCAGCAAGAAAACGGGAGAUGCGUGCCUUCCAUAAGCCACUGGGCAGUGCCUUCCUUUCCAGCAACCGUGGACUCCUUAUCACAGACGACCGGGAUUCCUGCUCAUUAGGCUAGCAGGUUGAUGGAGGCUCAAUUUCUUCAUAAAAAACCGAUGCUGUGUGAAAUUGUAGACGUUAAUGAUAGCGAGAAACAAACGGUAAAGGGUGCUCAGCAUGCCGGGAGACGAACAAAUUAUUUUGGAAGAUUAAAGGCUGAUUUAAUUACACUGUCA